AUGAACUGCUUGGUUUCGCUCUUGGCAGUAGGUGUAGCUGUUGGUCUGAUUGUAGUGCUCAUUGGAGCCACAAACGCUGAUCCCGCGAUUGAUGAGCAGGAGACUCCUUCGUUGGUCAAGGAAUCGGACGUAUCGGCGCAGAUCUUGAGCAGUGACAGGAAAUACGUCGGUGCUCGUUUCACUUUAAUGCCACUUAGCGACAAUUUGACACAAGAAGAGCGCAUUGAAUACUCCGAAGCCUGUGUGGGUAUCAGCCUUGAGUGCCACCUGGCAGAGCAAUGUUGCACCAAGAUGUGCCUCCAAUUUUCCAAGCGGUGCACCUAUAUAUCUCCCAAAUAGCAAACAUUUGGGCUUUCUUUGAGUGACAGUCACAGCUGCAGAUUCGUUUGUAUCUGUUCUGUUCAUUC